UAACGAAAACAGCUGUAACACAAAACCUUUCAAAGCUGCACUUCACGACUAGACUAUAAGAAAUGGCAGCGCUUGGAAAAGGUGCAAUCUUUUUAAUUUUGUUUUUCCUGUGGUGCGCCUAUGUUGUCCUUGGAAUCUUUGUCUUUGCUGCAACAGAAGGAAAUGUGGUGCAUAAUUCUCAGGAGCGAAGAGAACGACAGAACAUGACUGGCUUGAAAGCUGAAACGAUGGAGAAACACAACAUGACCGAAGCUGAGUUUGAGACCCUCGCGAAGAAAAUUCGUGAGGUGGCGAACUCGCACGAGGAUUAUCAAGAUGAACGCCGAUGGAAUUACAUAGACUCAUUUUGGUUCGUGGUCGUUCUCCUCACGACUAUUGGUUAUGGCGACUUUUACCCAGUCACGGUCAUUGGCAAGGUCGUGUGUGGGUUGUACGCCGUAUUUGGCAUCCCUAUAACCAUCUUGCUCCUGCGAUUUAUUGGCCAGCAGAUGCUACGCGGAGAAAGAGCGCUGAUCACCGCAAUUGAGAGAAGCUGUCUGAAAAGAAAUGGGCCUCCGUGUCACCUGAACGAAAAAUGUUUCGUGUUUGGUUGUCUAUACUUGUUAAUAUUGGUCCUUGGGGGAGCGGGUGCUUCAAUGGUAACAGAGGAAGGGUGGAGUUAUGGGGGAUCCAUCUACUUCUACGUCAUCACAUUCACGACCGUCGGUUUCGGAGAUAUGUAUCCUCAAAAAGGAAGACAUGUCACCAUACCGUUCAUAUUCCUCGGUCUGACCGCCAUCUCGAAUAUUCUUCACGCGGCUGCUGCAUGGGCGCUGGUCAGACGUGUCACUGCGGGCUCAGACGAGAGCGAAGAAACUACGAAGUUAACGGAAUCAACGGAGAAAGGAACUGAGGUUUAGAUGAAAAGAUGAAAAGUAAGCUUGUGGAAAAACGUAUUGUCGAUUCAAACAGCUUCCUAUGUCAAGAAUAACCAUUAAAAGUAUACUUAUUAAGAUAAUUACAAUCAGCUGAAAAUGUAGAAAGUAGUGUAGAAGUGUAGUAGCGUAAGACCCAAAGAAAAUUAAUCUCAACAGCCUAGAUUAUUUUCAAGGUAACCAUAAGUAAAAUAAAAAAACGAACAAACUGGGAAAAGCGCGGGAAAACGUAUAUAGUUAAGUCCGGUGCGAGUUUGUUUAGCUCGCUACCUGAUUGGUCGAGAGGGUGGCGCAAGUGAGGCGAGUUUUUUUAGACCAAUCAGAGCGAAGUAAAUAAACUUGAAGUAAUCCUUGAUCGUUUUGACUUAGACACUCAAUUUAACGAAGGACAGGAAUUUCUCGCUCUGGGUCUCGCACUACUUAGUUUGUGUGCAUUAGAGAAAGCAAAUUAAAUAAGUAAAUUCCUUCGUUGUGUACAAGCGCUGGGGAUGUAAGUGAAGGAAAUCAAACUAAACAUCGGACAAAGUUUUAACCUCUGAGUCGAUCCUGUGGCAGGAGGUAGUCACUCUUGCCCUCUAUAAGGUCUGCUUACUAAUAGAAGCAAAUGGGACUAAAUUUUAACAUGUAUGCUCGUUAUAUGCACUGGAGGUCAAAUAGUAACGCAAAACAUGUACGUUUGAGAAAAUUGCUACUCUCUGUGGAUUGAUGUAGAAAUGAAAAAUUCGCAAAGAAAUAGCAAUAUACUGCAUUUUCUUAACUCCUAAAAGUAUAUGAAAUAAAUUUUGAUUAGCUUU